ACCGAGAAGAAUGGAUGCUUUUCCAAGAAGGUGUCAAUGUCUCAUUUUAACCUGACUUCCUCUGGAUACAAAACGAACCUCCAGGCCACAGCCUCACUAACGGAGGAAGGGACAGGGGUAGAGCGCAAUGUGACCAAGAGUUGCAGGAUCAUCUCUGACAUUGCCUCGGUGACCUUUGAGAAAGCUGAUGCUUCGUACAAGCCUGGAAUCCCCUUUGUUGGCAAGAUGCUCCUGAAGGUGACAGACAGCUCUUCAGUGAAGAAUGAGAAGCUUCAUCUCUUUGUUACCCAUGGGGGAGGGACAGAGAACAAGACAUUUGUGACAGAUGAAUCUGGGAGAGCCUCCUUUGAGCUGGACUCCUCCAGCUGGACUGGGACAGUUACUCUAAGGGGGCAGUUCAAAGAGGUGGAUCACAGUUAUGUGCAUGGAAGAGUCUCUCCCCAAUACAGAGAUGCCUACCAUUCCCUGGAGCCCUUCUACUCAGAGAGCAAGAGUUUCCUGAAGAUCCACGCACAGGGAGAGGUGCUUCCCUGUGAUCAGACCCAACAGCUUCAAGUGGAGUACAUCAUUGCCAGGAAGGCCCUGGGGGCUGAGACCAAGAGCCUGGAUUUCUACUUCCUGGUUGUGGCCAAGGGAGCCAUCAUAAGGAGCCUGUGGAAAGGACUAGACUUUGGAGAGGGGGCUGAGCUGAAGGGCUCCUUCUCCAUUGAGCUGCCUGUUGGGGCUGAGCUGGCACCCUCUGCCAAGGUGCUGGGUUAUACAGUGCUGCCCAGUGGAGAGAUGGCUGCCGAUAGCACUGAGCUUCACACGACCAAGUGCUUCCCGAACAAGGUGAAGCUGGCGUUCUCGCAGGACAGGGCCCUGCCAGGCUCCGAGAUCCACCUCCAGGUACAGGCCUCCCCUGGCUCUCUGUGCGCUGUCCGGGCCGUGGAUCAGAGUGUGCUGCUCAUGAAGCCCGAGGCUGAGCUCAGUGUUGACACGGUCUAUAACGUGCUUCCACAUUUCCCCAAAAGAAGCUAUCCCUACAAGGCUCAAGAUCUUGACACACGCUGUCCAGGACCAUUUUGGGAGCCAUACAUGAUAGAUCCCAGAGGUUCAGCUUUUGCCCGCCGUGGCACCCUGGUAAGUGAAAUCUAA